GAUUCACUGCCUGUUUGAUACAUUUAAUAUUAAUGUUAAAUAUCGACUGGUUAAACCUUCGAAAGCUCAUUCUAAAUUGAACUGUGAGUUCUCAGUAUUGAAAUAUUAUGAAUUACGCAAGUUUGAUGGCCAGCUAAAAUCCAUUACGAAUUCCAAAUACGUCGCACCCCACAAUAAUUCCCUGUGCUGUAACACCAACCAUCAAAAACAUACAGUAGCGAGAAGCCUCAAUACACAAUCACCGUGGCAACGUUAAAUCGAUACGUCAGCUGGCCCGAUUCCGUAGCGUCACCGGGACUAAGUCCACGCAACAUCGGCCAGCGAAUAGAAUCGUGAAAAACUUAUAGUCAGAUUUCGUGAUGUCCAAGACGGACUUGAACGAAUUGUGGCGCUGGGCCGAGGACGAGCUGGAGUCGCUGUGGGACCAGGAGAAAGCCAUCGUUGCAUCACUGCCAGAAAAGCACCGCCACGUUCUCUUUUCACGGCUGUCGCUCGUCUACCUGCGCUACAUUGUCGUCGCCCGUCAGCUGGACGUCUGCUACCGGAAUAUGUUGCAUGUCCAGAAGCGUCGCGACAUUAGCGCCAUCAUACGGGCCGUUUUGGGUCGGGUGGUGGAACUCAAGAACGAGCUGGCCAGCCUGGACUUCAACGAAACGCCGUUCGUCGGGACGGCGCUGGCCCAGCUGAAACUGUCGCCCGAGCAAGUCGACCCGCCGCUGACGCUCUUGAUCGACGGCGACCGCGACGGCAACGCCUCUUUCAGGUCGGCCAGCGAGACGGAGCGCAAGCAGCUGGUCCAGCGAGUCCUCCUCAAACUGGAGCGCAAUCCUCGGCGGCAGCUGAGCGCCGACAGCGCCUCGAUGACGUGGGACGAGGCCGUGGCUCUGAUUCAAAUCCACGAGCGGGCCCGUCAGGGCCGCCUCCGUUUCAACUUGAUGAAGCAGAUCCGCCAGCAGAAAAUGCUGGCCGGACGCGGCUUGCACAAGCUCAAACCGGCCAUGAACACUUACACGGCGGCCAUCAAAAUUCAGAACGCUUGGCGCAGUUUCUUGGCCCUCAAACGGGUCCGCCAGAUGCGUCACCAGGAGAUGGUCUUUCUCGGAAUGGUCCCGAGGAACUACAAGGAAAAUCCGGAGAUCAUCCGAGCUAAAGAACUUGAAAGUCUGAGGACGCUGAGGCAAUCGGAACUCGAAGCCCAAUACCAAAUCGAGCUGGCAGCCCUGCGUGAUCGCCAAAGGGACAAGGAUGGAGCGGCGAUUCGUGAGUCUUUUCUCGAACAAAUCCGAACUUGGUACAUCGAUCACCGAGAGCAGAGCGGGAAGUUCCCUGACCUUCCAGCCGAGGACGAAGGAGGUUCGAAAAUGAUCUACUCUAUGAACGACGGACCGUCUGAAACGCCCGUCCCGGUCGUCGUGAAAAAAAAAGAUGCAGCUCCGCCGAUGACUAAAACGUCCAGCAGCAUGAAACGGGCCGAAGAGGAUCGACCCAAAGGUGUCGACAUGGCGCCGUCCCAAUGGCUCGAAAAUAUCGUCCACGAGAAUCAGAAAUAUUACGAUGUUUGGAGAGACCGGGCAGAGCCGGGAGGAGAAGUUGGCUGGGAUGUUGAGCUGCUCAGGGCUCAAGUGUCUGAAGAGUUGAACGACGAGAUGCGGCUGGAGGCGGACGUUCAGGCCCGUUACGAGUUGGAUCGUCUCAGAUCGGCCUACGAUCGUGAUCGCGGGCGGAAGAGUAAAGGCAAGCGGAAAACGGCCCGCAAGGCGGCCAAGAAGUCCAAGCGAGGGCGCAAAGAGAAAGAUUUGACUCCGGAUCGGACGCUGGAGUCGCUAGUCGAGGAGUUGGUCCAAGUUGGCGUCAUCCGCUCCUAUCCCAAAGCUGACAUCCGGGAUUUUCUGGGCUCCGUCGCCGUCGUCGACCCACUCAGCCGGAAAUGGAAGCGGGACACUUUCCCCGGACUGGGCGACAUCCGCAGCGCCCUUAUCGAAUAUUGCAUCCUGACUCUGGGUUCGGAGGAGAUCCGGAAGAGAACGCCACUGACUCGAUCCAUCUUGCUGGCCGGCCCGCACGGCUCGGGUAAAAGCUUUUUGAUGCACGCCAUAUGCAACCACAUUGGGGCCACUUUAUUUGACAUCAGCAACUCGUCGCUGAUGGGCCGGUAUCCGGGCAAAGCCGGAAUGACCAUGUUGAUCCAUCUUAUCACCAAAGUUUCCAGAUUGCUGCAGCCAUCUGUGAUCGUUAUCGAAGACGUCGAUCGUCUCUUCAUGAAGAAAUCGGUGAGGAUGGAACGGUGGGACAUGCGCCGAAUGAGGAAGGAAUUGCCGAAAAUUCUGAGGGCUAUCGUGCCCGAGGAUCGAGUCCUCCUGGUGGGCACAUCGGCCACUCCGUGGGAAUGCGAUCAAAGAAAUUUGUCGCAAGUGUUCCAGCGGAUGAUUGGAAUCCCUCCGCCUGAUUACGGCACGCGUUUCACCAUGUGGGACCACUUUAUCCGGCAGGCGACCCGUACGGCCCAGUACACGAUGACGCCAGCCGAGUUGACCAAUUUGGCCAGGAUCUCCGACUCUUACACACCCGGCUCAAUAGCUCGCUCCGUCUCUGAAAUAUUGAGCGAGCGACGGAAACAGCUGUUGCCACGUCAAUUGCUGCGAGCCGACGAGUUCGUGUCGGCCCUGGCCCGCUGCGAGCCCAUCUACAAGGAGGAUGAAGAGAAUCUGAGAGUGUGGUACGGCAAGACACCGUGUCGACGGAAGCGACACCGAAAUGCUGAAACCGAAGAGGACGAGUUUUUAGCUGGGGGCGGAAACGUCAAAGAGAAGAAGAAAAAGAAGAAGAAAAAGAAAGGAUCGAAGAAAAUGGGCGUGAAAUCGACCAAGGCCAAGAAGAAGAGCAAAGCGUAAAACUAGAAAUUUCAUCCGCCAU